AUGGGCUACUUCAACGGCAUUUUGCGCCAAAAAGAUCCAGUAAACAACGCAGAAGAGGUCAUCCAAACAUACGCCAACCGUCUCCAGCAUGCCACGUUGAUGAACGACCGCAAAUCGGCCGUCAAAGGCCUCAAAAGCUUCAGUAAAGACCAUAGGGAAAUGGUCGUGCAACAUGGAUUGCGUGCGCUUCUCAUUGCGUUGGAGAAGGACGCCGGCGACUCGCAGGCCGUGAAAGCGGUGUUGGAAACGCUUCUCAUUCUCUUUCUACGUAGCGAAACCAGUAACGAAGAUCAGGCACUAGGCUGGAUCUCCAACCAGUCCCGGCUCCAGAACGGGAAGUAUCCGUCGCCGCUCUUGGUGGAGGAUAUUGAAAUAGACCAGUUUUCGAUGUGGAUUGCCGAUGAGAUACUCUCGCUGGAGGCACACAUCCAGACGUUUCUCACCAUUCUCCAGGAACACGCUGGGUUCCAGAUUAGAUUAUUUUCGCUUCAGCUCCUUGAGGCACUCGUAGCUGCACGUCCCGUAAGAGCCAAGGAGAGCUUGAUCAAUAUUCCCCUUGCGAUCUCGACCAUAGUCGCUCUCUUGGGCGACCUGAACGAUCCCAUUCGGAACGAAACCAUCUUGCUCUUGAUGGCGCUAGUGAACAACAACUUCAACAUCCAGAAGCUCGUAGCAUUUGAGAACACCUUCGAGCGCAUUUUCGAGAUUAUCGAGGAGGAGGGCGGCAUCCGCGGCUCCAUUCUUGUCCAGGACUGCUUGACCCUUCUCACCAACUUAUUGAUCUACAACGCCUCGAACCAAAAACUCUUUUUGGAGACUGAGUGCGUGCCGAAGUUGGCGCGACUCAUCUCAGAACCCAUCGAAGAUGACUACGAUGAGGGGCUUAAAGACGACAAUGGUGAGCCCAUUCCUCUUCCUCCUAUUGUCUGGACAGAGCAGCGGCUCCAGAAUAUGAUUGUGGUAUUGGAGAUCUGUAAAUCUUUUGUCGACCCUGAUAACCAACAGCUCCUCCAAAAUCAACAGAAACUUGAGUCAUCGGGAAUCUUCUACUCUGUGCUUAGGCUAAUAUUUUCCCCGGUCAUGGGAAACUCCAUUCGCCGGACUGCCCUUCAGGUUGCUGGCGACAUAAUGGCAGAGAACACCGACUUGCAGCUCAAGUUUUCCCAGUUAGAUGUUCCAUAUUUGGACCCUUCGUUGCCCAUCCAGGUGCAGAGGUAUGACAUGGCAGUGCCCGCCCCUGUUGCGCUUGUGAAUUGGGCUCUCUUGAUAAAUUCGGUUCAUGUCUUUGAAAUCCGUCUCGCUGCGGUCCAUUGCUUGUCUUGCUUCUUCAAAAGCAAUUCAGAGGCAAAACUCGCUUUUGUAAACGACCAGAUCAAGGCUCGCUCAAACCCAUCGUAUUAUCAGGAAUUGCAGAAUGCUUUAAAUGACAAUGAACAAAGCAAUCAGCCAGAACCCUCGGAUUCGCAGUCACAACCUACACCUAUUGCAAACAUCUUCAGCACCUUGAUGGAUUUUGACACAGAUGUUAAGCUCAAUCCCUAUAGCGUUUGGUUUGCUGCGAAUAUACUUGUGAAUAUAAUUGAAGAUUGUCCUGAAGCGAGGGAGUUGGUUCGCAGUCUCAAAGACGGUGACUCUGAUAAUGGAGAGGAGGUUUUGACCAUAAUCCAAGCUGUUGCUGGAAAGCUUACUGCAAAUUUAGAAAGUUCUGAUCCAAGAAUUGCCAUUGGGUGCCUCAUGCUCCUCUCAUUCUGGUUGUUUGAAGAUUUUGAUGCCAUCAAUGACUUCCUCCUGGAUUCAUCUAUCAUCAAGUCUAUUCUAGGAUUCCUUUCCAAGAACUCAUCCGAGUCAUCGCAAUUAGUCCACGGAUUAGCAACAAUUUUCGUCGGUAUAGUUUAUGAAUUCAGCACAACCCUGUCGCCAAUUCCACGCGCAAGCCUCUUCGAGUUGGUGACCAAAGCUCUAGGUGCUGACAAUUACUCCUCAAAAGUCAAACAAUUCAAGGAAAACCCAGUUUUCAAAAAUUACGAUGGUAGCAUUGAAACCGGCUUCGAGAGAGAUUCCACUGGACUUCCAGAGCUCUUCUUCAUUCCUGAAUAUGUUGAACUCGUCAAGGAAAAUUUCUUCGUUAUCAAACGUGCCUUGUUUAGAGGACCAGAAUUUGAGCCAAGAGUCAAACUAUCUCACGAAGUUUUGGAAGAUCUUGAGUCAAAAAACGCUGAGUUUAUGCUGGAAAUUAAAUCGUUGAAAGAAUCAUCCACCGCAAAGGAGGCGGAGCUCAAGAAAUUGAUAGAUGAAACGGUCGCAGAACAAACUACCACGACCGAACUCCUUCACAAGACACAAGCCGAUUUGGAUGAAUCCCGAGCAUCAGAAACAGAGAUCAGUGAUAAACUCGAAAAGUUAGCAAAAGAAUUGACCGAGUCUCAGAAUCAACGUCAGAAGUACGAGAAGAGCUCUGAAGAAUACAUUGCUAAAUAUAAUGCUCUUCUCAAAUCUCUGAGCAAAAAUGAGGAGGCUCUUAAACGUACCACCAAAGUCCUUGCAGAAGUGGAAGAGGCCAAAGCUAAAGCUGAGGCUGGCAUCAACAAAAUGAGUCGCGAAUUAUUCCAAUUAUCCAAGCAGAAGGCUGAUGCUGAAACCAACAUCUCGAACUUGGAAAGCAAACUUUCGAAACUCAAUUCAGACCAUGAAAAAGCUGUUAAAGAGCUCAAAGAGCAAGCAGCAAUGGCGAAUCGUAUCAACGAUGAACUCAGAUCCAAAAUUAGAUUCUUAGAAGAGAACGGUGGUCCUGGCGUUCAAAGCAGAUCGAGCAUUUCAGGAUCUGAGGAUACCAGUGUGCUGCAAUCGAAGCUUCGUGAUCUUCAGAAUCAGCUUAGCGAGCAACAAGAAGAAAACGAUAAUCUCCUCGAAAAGUUGCGAAGCGCCGCAUCUGUUGUCCUGGAAUUGCGCCUGAAAGAUGCGACUAACAAAGAACAAUUGAACUCUUUGCAAACAGAGCUUGCAAAAGCCUAUGAAGACCUUGAACUCUAUUCUCAACUUUUGGAUGAGGUAGGAGCUCUUGACGUUGAUUCGAAGUCUACAUCAGAGGAGCUCAUCGAACUAAGAAAGCUGCUAAGAGAAGAAAUUGAUUCAUUUAUUGACGAGCUUGGAGAGAACAACACUACAAAGAAUGAUGUUGAUCAGAGCAAGGACCUGAAAGACUCUGAUACAGAAGUUAUUCCCGAAAAGGAUUCUGAAGAGAUUCAAGAUGUUUCGCUAUCAACAUUGCAAGAAAAAUCAAGCAAUAAUCUGCACAAUUCAAGCGAUGCAGCUGAAGAAGUCAAUUCUGACGAGAUUACACAAGAAAUUCCGCUGAAUAACACAACAGACAUGGAUGAGGAGUUCGAAGAAAAGUCUCUCAUGAGGGACGCUAUUGGAUUGUUAGCACAAUUGAAGGAGAGGCUUGAAGCUCAAAAGCUCAUCAAUGAAAAAUUGGAAUCAAAGCCACUGGAACCAGAAUUGAGUCCGGUACCUUCUCCAGAUCUCAAGAGAUCUGUGUCUCAGACCUCGUUGGUCGAGAAGCUUACUCUUGAUAACAAAGACGAAGAAUUGCAAGCCGCGUAUACUCGCAUAGCUCGGUUGGAAGGAAACAUUCAGGCUCUUUCAAUGAGCGCCAAAGAAUCUCUUACUUCAUUUAACUCUUCGCGUGAUUCGUUGCAAGCUCGCGUCACAGAACUCGAGUCUAUCAAAUCGAAAUUGCAGGAAGAAAUAAGUAAUCUCGAAAUAACAUACAAGAAUGAUCUUGCUGAAAAGGAUGAGGCUUUUGACGACUUGGAGGGCUCCUACUUUGAUCUAGAGCUUCUGAUGUCAAAUGCUGAAAAAAGCAAAGAAGAGCUUGAAAUCAAGUUCAAGCAAAUGAAAACAGAGUACAUUGUUAAAAUCGGUCAAUUGCAGGAUGAGACAGUGUCUCUCAAGAAAACAUUAGCUGACACAGUGGCCGACCGAGAUGCAAUUAGCCUUGAAUUUGCACAACUAGAAAAGCUGAGCAAUAAACUCGAUAGUGAAUUGAAAGCCAAGGAGGCCCUUUUGCAGGCAAUAGCUGACAAGGGUGCGGAUCUUGCUGCGAAAGAUGCCAUUGUUAUCGAAAUUAAAGAGAGAUUGGCCUCAACAAUUGCCCAACUAGGUGAGGCUGCACAAAAAAUUCGUUCAUUAUCAAAAGAAAAGGAGGAUUUUGAGAAGUUGCACGAGGAAACUGCUAAGAAGUGCAAGGAAAGCUCUCAAAAGAUCCUGGAGUUGGAGGACUUACUCAAAUCAAAAACGGAGGAAUCUUACAAAGCCGAGAGCGACAGGAAGAGACUCAAUGCAUUGCAAAUUGAUAAAAUUCAAACCAGCGAAGUCAUUGAAAAGCAAAGAAAUGAGAUUAGUGAGUUGAAAAAUCAAAUCACCGACUUGGAAGGGAGUUUGAAAGAAUCAUUGCAAACACUUGAAGAUGAAAGAAAGACCUAUGCUACAGCAUCAAUCAACACCACACUGGCACAUACGGAGCAAGUGGCUAAACUUGAAGAGUCUAUCACACACAAUCAGAAGUUGCAUGAUUCCGAUAUUAAGUCGUUCGAAGAGAAGGCCGAGAACAGAAUCCAGAAACUUAACGCUGAAAUCGAGGAUUUGAGAGCAGAGUGCAAAGAACUAAGUGAGAGACUCGAACUUUCCGAAGCAAGUGCGAAGACUUCCGAACAGAACUCAAAAACAGCUGAUGACGAGUCCAAAGCGACUGAAUUGCAUGCGCUCCAAACAAGCCUCGAAGAGGCUCAGGUACAAUUGUCAGAGAAAGCAUCCGCUCUUGCCACCUCCGAGGCUAAGCUUCUUGAGUUGACCACAAGCUUGAAGAGUCAACAGGAAGCCGCUAGUCAUGAAACUGCUGAAUUGGAGAACCAGAUUAAGGUUCUCAAUAGCAAGGUUUCUGAAUUUGAGGCCAAUAGGUCCGAUUCAAGCGCUCAUCAACAAUCCCUACAAGAAGAAUUGACUAAGCAAACGGAUUUGGCCAAUGAAGCACAGGCCUCUGUAAUAAGCCUAGAGGAGCAGAUUGACUCACUCAAACUUGAGGUUGAAGAUUUCAAGAGAACGGCGAACGAAGCGGAAAACGGUGCCUCGAAAGAGGAGGCAGCACUUUCAUUCAAGACCGCUAUUGAGGAUUUGAAAAGCACUCUUGCAGAAAAAGACACACAGUUGCAGGAGGCCAAGGCGCAAAACGAUAUGCUUAUUCAACAUUGUGAAGAUUUGAAGAGCAAGAUGUCACAGGCCGAGAAACAAAGCAGUGACGACAAAGCCCAAUCCGACCUCUUGGCCGAAGCUAUCUCGAGGGCCGAACAGCUUGACGAGAGUAACCGACUCCUCGAACUACAAAUCUCCGAAAUGAGAGACGCCGAGAAGCAGCUCCAGGAGAAGGUGGACCAAAGUGAGAGCGCAACUUCUGCUGCGAGCGAGAAACUCACGGAGACCAUCUCCGAAAAAGAUGCAGAGAUCCAACGCCUUCUCGAGCGUUUGGAACAAAAGGAAGCUGGUGUGGUAGAUGAAACCAAAUUUGCAGCCAUUCCUGCAGGAAGCACCGGUGAGGAAGAACGAAGCUCCACCACAGAAGCCGAACUAGUGGAGGUCUUGACGCUCUGCGAGGAGCAAGAAAAGACGAUCCAGAGACUCACGCGCCGUCUUGAAGCCCUCGACUUGCCAAUUUCCGAUUCCGAGGAACUCGACUUGUGCUAA